AUGCAGGCAUCACAAGAAUCCCGCGCAUUUUCCACUCUAGAUCACAACCAAGUGUUGAUAAGAGGGAGGGAAGUGACGGUGGUGUGCCAAGACUCAGCUUUACGAGCUGAGGUCAUAGAGAAAAUUCGACAUGCGUGUGAGAAAUGGGGUUUCUUUCAGGUAGUGAAUCAUGGAAUUCCUGUAAAUGUUUUGGAUGGGGUGAUUCGAGGAAUGCGAGAGUUUAAUGAGCAGGAUAGUGAGCUGAAGAUCGAAAGAGCUUCAUCAGCUGACUGGAGAGACACACUUGCCUGUUCUCUGGUUCCUAAUCCACCCAAACCAGAAGAAUUACCGUCAGUAUGCAGAGAUACAGUGAAGGAUUUGGGAUUAACCUUGUUUGAGAUACUGUCUGAGGCUCUUGGGCUUAAUCCCAACCAUCUUAAAGACAUGAACUGCGCCGAGGGCAUUCUUCUCAUUGGUAACUACUAUCCAGCAUGGCCUGAGCCAGAAUUAACUUUCGGCAUUGGCAAGCAUACUGAUUUUACUUUCGUCACCAUUCUUUUGCAAGACGAAGUAGGCGGUCUUGAAGCUUUACAAUCUGACAUGGAUGUUAUGUUGCAGACCAUGGAGAGAUGA